UGUGUCUUCAGGGGGCAGAGGAGCAGAGGGAGCCUGUCAGGUGUGAAUCUUUGCCAUUUUCCCCUGCCUGGCUUCUCCUUCUGAUCCUUGCCUACAGGUUAUCCUUGACUUACAACCGUUUGUUUAGUGACCGUUCUAAGGGCCAUUUUCCAGACUUUUCACCAGCGGAGGCGAUUAACAGGGUCUGCUGAUUCCCAGGUCUGGAUUGAGGAGGAUGAGGGCUCUCUGGAUAGUGGCCGUGUUGCUGGUGGGCGUCGAGGGGAGCCUGGUGGAAUUUGAGACGUUGAUCAUGAAAAUUGCGGGGAGAAGUGGUAUUUCGUACUACAGCUCUUACGGAUGCUACUGUGGCGCGGGGGGCCAAGGCUGGCCACAGGACGCCAGCGACCGCUGCUGCUUUGAGCACGACUGCUGUUAUGCAAAACUGACUGGCUGCGACCCAACAACAGACGUCUACACCUACAGACAGGAGGACGGGGAAAUCGUCUGUGGAGGGGACGACCCGUGCGGGACACAGAUUUGUGAGUGCGACAAGGCCGCAGCAAUCUGCUUCCGAGAUAGUAUGGACACAUACGACUACAAAUAUUUGCGGGUCUCGCCCGAAAAUUGCCAGGGGGAAUCACAGCCAUGCUAAGUCUCUGCAGGCCGGGAAAAACCCCUCAAAUUACACAAUCGUAGUUGUGUUACUCUAUUAUUCUGAAUGCAAUACUGAAUAAUAAACAGGUGCCAGCUUUGCACUCAA